CACGAUCGUUGGAGUCGACUGCUUUGCAUACCAAGAAUUCUUCUUACAUGGAUAAUUAUUUUCAGAUGGUGGAUAUGGAUACACACUGUCCCUUCGUCAUGCCCUGAAACUUUUCCAGUGCUCCUAUCCUGAAUUAUUCGCUAUCCGGAUAGUACAGGCAACAAAGAAAAAGCGCAAAGAUAUGAGCAUGUAUUGUUAAGUGUACCACUUGGCACAACAAGAACUUCCUGGACGUUCUUCGUUCACUAGAACAACAUCUUAUAAAUAGAGUUUAGCUUAUCGUCGCUUUCAACAUUCAAUUAACAUCGGAAAAACAGCACGAAUCAAUCUAAGUAAAGUAAAGUCUACCAGUACCAGCAAAACAUGUUCGACGACGCGACCCCGAAGGCGCCGCAAAUGACGGUGUUCGGCCUUUCCGCUGACAUUCCGCUCUAUGCAUUGCCAAAGUAUCGUAUUCGUAGUAUUGCAAUACAAAUUAGCUCAGCAUCUCAAAUGAACUUUGUCAUGCUGAUUUAGCUUGAAAAAGAAAUUUGUAUAGGCAUAAAUGCAAUACUUUUUGCAGUUCAUACGUUCGUGCCCCCCGCGAUGCUGGUGCUGCUAAACCUCUUCUGCGGUCUGGUUCUGACGCGGAUCUUAUCAAAUGUAAAAAUGUCUGGGUCUGGAAGAAUGCAACCUGUGAUGCUGAAUUUGGAUUCCAGAAAAAUCUGUAUUGCAUGAGUACCAAAAGGAAUGUAAUUUUUGCUACGCGGAGAGGGCAUUUCCAUUUGUCAUGCGGAAUAGGCAUCAAGAAGCUCUCAAAAAAACUGUGAUGCUAGGGCAUGCAUCACAGACGUCAGGGCUCAUGCAAAACAUGCAUGACAAAUCUCAGAAUCUUCCAGACCCGGACAUUUUUACAUUUGAUAGAUCCUGAAGUGGCGAGCGCCGCUGUUCCAACCGUCCGACGAUGAUAAGAAGGAACGAAAAAAUCAAUGGAGUUUCUUGUUUUUAUGCAUUGCAAAAAUGUCUGGGUCUGGAAUAAUGUAGGACUUGGCAUGCUUGUCUGGCAUGACUCUUAAAUCUGUGAUGCGUAAGCAGGAACGGGGCCUCUUGCCUGUCAUGCAAAAACGCAGUUUGCCAUGCGGAAAACGAGACACAUGGCAGUGCAAGAACUUGUCAUGCUUGGCUGCAUAUUGUAGUGGGCCCACCAUUCAGCGAUUUGCAUCACAAGUUUCCAGACCCAGAUAUAUUUGCAUUUGAUAGCUUUCCGGUUUCGAUAAGUGGAAGAAGCGGCUACCGUACGACGCGGAAAAAUCCGCCCCAGCCAAAUUUUCGAAAAUUUCACGGCGCGAUCCUUCUACCCCACGCCGCUGCGCCGCCUUCGUCGCUGCUCCGUGUACCUUCCCAGCUUCGCUGCUUCGACUGCCGCCCCCGACAUUCAGGCGAGAUGGUUAUCGCCACCUGCACAGCUGAACAAGGCCGUUUUUGCCUUGCUUCAUAAUAUCAAACUACGACAGGAUCGCCCCUGGUAUGCCACCCUCCGGCGCGGUCGAAGUGUGGCUCUCUCCGGCAUUUUGUACCUGCAAAAAGUAGCUAUUUAAUUAGCGAGUUUGAAUUCUAAGAACGUAGCUAAUUUUCGGUGAGUACGCAAUGACUUAGGAUUAAGAUUAAGAGAGGCAUUUUCCAAUCGUUUCGGGCCGGCGCGGAAACUCGGUUAACCAAGGAACGGAGCUGGGGUGAGUCGGUUCUUCUCCACGAAGCCGGUAUGUUGCACCAGUUGGUGCAACAGGUCCUCCUCAUGCCGCAGUACCGUGCGGCUUUGGCGGAAAUCUACCCGAAGGUGGCGCGGAGCCGACACACAAAGACCGAUGACGAAAGCCUCUCUUAAUCAGAUUCUAAGUCAUUACUGCUUGCAGAAAUAGCUAGCUGGGCACGUUUUGAAUGCAGCCCCGGCACAAUAUCAAAAUAGCUAGUCGAUUCACAUUGACAUUCUUUCUUCAAACUAGCUAGCUUGAUUCAUCACAUAAGAGAAAAAAACAACGAUAGUAAGGGUCGCGCCGCAUGUUCGUUUUGGACUCGGGACGCGGGCGACAGCGCAUUUUUCGACACGAUGGUCCACAUUUGCCGACUGCUUCUCUGCAUGCAACGACCGCCUCCCUCACCGAGUUGCUGCACACCGCCUGCUGCUAGGACAACCAAAAUGACGAGUUGAAAUUUUCGAAAAUUUGGCUGGGGCGGAUUUUUCCGCGUCGUAUACCGUUUUCUCUCCUCGUAUCCAAGGAAAAAAGUGUAUACUUACAGUUACACAUUUGUAGGGAAUGCAGCAUCACAAAUUUGCCUCGCAUGACGGAGAAAACUUGUAAUGCAGAGAUCAUAAGGCAAAACUAAACACACACGAAAAGAGACUCGCAAGCAUUUUGCGCAUGACAGAAGUCGUCUGUCUUGCUGGCCUUGCAACACAAUGCGUAACUGUAAACACUUUUUUCUUUGCAUACCUCGGGUUUCUCCUCAUCGCCGCCUGGUUCUACGAGUGUCACCUAUCGUUGAAAGCAGCGGGCUAUGGCGAGGAUAGUAUACAACAACUCCCCCUGCAGCUCUCCGUCGUUUGCCAUGCAAGGAAAUGAUCCUAGAUCUUUUUUCCGUAAUUAUGCUGUCUUGUGCUACUGAUCGGAUACUUUUUACGAAUUUCGAAUUUACUGCAUUUGGCCCCGCAUGAAGAGCGACUUGUCAUGCGCCGGCUCCAUGUAGUUCGCUGGUGUGUGUGUUGCUCCGAACAAUGCAGCUCUUGAAAUAACGGGAGCAACGGCGGGACGAUGUUGUGCACUCGCAUACGGGUAGCGGGAUUCCGUUCACUCCAGUACAAGGGAUUACAACCGUCGGGUCCUACAAGUAUUCGCGGAAUCCACUGUAUGUGAUGGCGCUGACGUGUUUCAUCCCCUGGAUUGCGCUUUUGGUGAAUUCGAAGAAGCUAUGAAUUGUAAAACAGAAAUGUCUGGGUCUGGAAGAAUGCAAGAUUUGUCAUGCUGAUCUGGCAUGGCCCUUAAAUCUGUAUUGCGUGGCCACAAACAGCCUCUCUCGCCUGUCAUGCAAAAACACAGUUUCUCAUGCGGGAUACGAAGCACAGAGGCACGAAAAAACUUGUCAUGCUUGGCGGCGCAUUACAGUGCAUUUGUUAUUGAGUGACUUGCAUCACAAGUUUCCAGACCCAGACAUUUUUGCAGUGCAUAGAAGCCCUUGUUGGUCACACUACCGGGCAUGUUUCUCUACCUGCAUUUUGUGGUGAUACCUGCGGAAGAGAAGUUUCUCAUGCAGAAUCACCCGGCAGCAUAUGAGAAGUAUUUCGCUACGGUGCCGAGGUGGGUGUUUUUUUAGACAGUUUUUUUUUGCAACACAGUCACCUAGCCGACGAGUCAGCAUGCGCUACAGACUGUCAGAAGGUGCGAACAAGAAUCCAUAUUUUUAGUCACGCAACAUUUUUGCCGGAACUUAACUACUCUUUUGAUCAUCAACAUCAGCUCCUGCAUCAGAACAUGAAGGGAUCUGCGGAACAAGAACUGGUACUACGUCCGAACCAGAAGUUCCAACCUGUGUAGUUCGUAUGCCGUAUGUAUUUUCAACAUCGAGAAAAU